CAGCCUCCAGGCUGAGGCUUUGGGAAAAGAGGAACCAGGGUCUGAGGCUGGAUCUCCUCUCUUGGGGAGGCCGCGCCGUGGGAAGCCACCAGCACCACGAGCACCUGGCCCUCCUUCCCGUUCUUCCUGUGGUCCAGCAGCCCUGCAGCCCCUUCCUCCGUGAAGCAGGCACCAGAACCCGCGUUAAGCCUGCUAUGGGCUCCCUGCUCCGGUUUCUCCAGCUGCUCUCAUUGGUCUCCACAGGCCUGUCCUCAUGGGGUGUCUCCAGUCCCCAGGAUGUGAAGGGCGUGAAGGGGUCCUGCCUCAUCAUCCCCUGUGUCUUCAGCUUCCCAGCUGAUGUGGAAGUGACCAAUGGCAUCACAGCCAUCUGGUACUACGACUACUCGGGCAAGCGCCAGGUGGUAAGCCACUCGGAGAGCCCGGAGCUGGUGGAGGCACGCUUCCGUGGCCGUGCCCAGCUCUUAGGGCGCACGGAGCACAAGAUGUGCACCCUGCUGCUGAAGGACCUGCGGCCUGAGGAUUCGGGCUCCUACAACUUCCGUUUUGAGAUCAGUGAAGUCAACCGCUGGUCAGAUGUCAAAGGCACUGUGGUCACUGUGACAGAGACGCCCGAGACGCCCACCAUUGCCUCGCCAGCGGAGCUUCGAGAGGGCAUGGAGGCCUACUUCAACUGCUCCACUCCCUACGCGUGCCCAGAGGAGCACAUCAGCCUGCAGUGGCAAGGCCAGGACCCCGCGCGCUCGGUCAUCUCCAGCCUCCAGAAUCUCAGGCCCACAGGCAUCAGCCACCUGGGGACCCUCCAUAUGGCCCUGUCCUGGCAGGACCACGGCCGGACCCUGCACUGCGAACUCUCAGUGGCCAAGCAAAAGACUCAGAGCGAGAUUCACCUCCAAGUGCAGUAUGCCCCCAGGGGCGUGGAGAUCCUUCUUAGCCCCUCAGGGCGGAACAUCCUUCCGGGUGAUCUGGUCAUACUCACCUGCCAGGUGAACAGCAGCUACCCCAAGGUCAGUUCCGUGCACUGGGUCAAGGACGGGACGCAGCUCCAAGUCCAGGGUCGUAUGCUGAGGUUGUCCCAGGCCACGUGGGGCGAUGCUGGUGUCUACACUUGCCAAGCUGGGAAUGGCGUGGGCUCUUCGAUCUCGCCCCCCAUCAGCGUCCACAUCUUCAUGGCUGAGGUCCAGGCGAGCCCAGCAGGCCCCAUCCUAGAGAACCAGACGGUGACACUGACCUGCAACACGCCCAGGGAAGCACCCAGCGAGCUGCGCUACAGCUGGUACAAGAACCACGUCUUGCUGGAGGACGCCCACAGCCGCACCCUGAAGCUGCCCUCGGCCACCAGGGCCGAUACCGGCUUCUACGUCUGCGAGGUGCAGAACGCCUACGGCAGAGAGCGCUCCGGCCCCGUCAGCGUGGUGGUCCACCACCCGCCCCUUGCCCCGGUCCUGACUGCCUUCCUGGAAACAAAGGAGGGGCUGGUGGGCCUCCUCCACUGCUCAGUGAUCAGCGAGCCUCCGGCCACCCUGGAGCUAUCACACAAUGGCCUCAUCCUGGCCUCCACCCCAGGGGAGGGUGACCACAGCUCACGCUUCAGUGUCUUCUCCACGCCCAACUCCCUGAACCUGGAGAUCCGAGACCUGGGGCCAGCGGACAGCGGGCAGUACACGUGUUCCGCCUCCAACCCCCUAGGGAAUUCAUCGUCCACCCUGGACUUCCACGCCAAAGUGGCCCACGUGCUCAUCAGCCCCACAGCAGAGGUGGUAGAAGGGCAAGGAGUGACACUGAGCUGCAGGAGCGGUCUGAGCCCGUCGCCUGACAUCCGCUUCUCCUGGUACCGGAACGGAGCCCUGCUUCUCGAGGGUUCCAGCAGCAGCCUUCAGCUCUCUGCGGCCUCCAGCACCGACGCCGGCUCUUACUACUGUCAGGCCAAGGAUGGCCACAGUGAGAGCGGCCCCUCCUCACCUGCCGUCCUCACUGUACUCUAUGCCCCACGCCGACCCACGUUCACUGCCCAGCUGGACCCCGAUGCCACAGGAGUUGCGGCUAGACGUCAAGGGCUCCUCUUGUGCCGUGUGGACAGCAACCCCCCAGCCCAGAUGCGGCUGCUCCACAAGGACCAUGUUGUGGCCUCUUCCCUGGCAUUGGGCUGUGGGGGAUGUUCCCGACGCCUAAAGGUCACCAGAGCCCCCAACUUGCUGCGUGUGGAGAUUGGUAGUCCGGUGUUGGAGGAUGAGGGCGUUUACCUGUGUGAGGCCAGCAACGCCCUGGGCAACACCUCCGUCUCGGCAAACUUCGAUGCCCGGGCCACCGUCCUGGUCAUCACACCGUCGAACACGCUGCGGGAGGGCACUGGCGCCAACCUGACCUGCAGUGUGAGCCGGGAAGCGGGCGGCCCUGCCAACUUCUCCUGGUUCCGGAAUGGCGUGCUGUGGGCCCAGGGUCCCCUGGAGAGCGUGACGCUGCUGCCCGUGACCAGAGCAGACGCGGCCCUCUAUGCCUGCCGCACCCUCAGCGAGGCCGGGGGCCAGCUCUCCGCCCCGGUGGUCCUGAGUGUGCUCUAUCCCCCAGACCCUCCAAAGCUGUCAGCCCUCCUGGACGUGGACCAGGGCCACGUGGCUGUGUUCAUCUGCACUGCGGACAGUAGUCCAGUGGCCCAGCUGGCCCUGUUCCAUGGGGAGCACCUCCUGGCCACCAGCCUGGGGCCCCUGCUCCCACUCCGUGGCCGCCUCCGGGUCAAAGCCACAGCCAAUUCCCUGCAGCUAGAGGUCCGAGACUUGAGCCUUGGGGACUCUGGAAGCUACCGCUGUGAGGCCACCAAUGUCCUCGGAUCCACCAACACCUCCCUCUUCUUCCAGGUCCGAGGAGCCUGGGUCCAGGUGUCACCAUCACCCGAGCUGUGGGAGGGCCAGGCCGUGGUCUUGACCUGCCAGGUGCCCGCAGGGGUCCUGGAGGGGACCUCAUACCUCUGGUAUCAGGAUGGCCAGCCCCUCCUAGAGUCCAACUCCGCCACGCUCCGCUUCACAGCCAUUACUUUGAGCCAAGCUGGGGCCUACCAUUGCCAAGCCCAGACUCCAGGCUCAGCCACCAUGAGCCUGGCCGCCCCCGUGAGCCUCCACGUGUCCUAUGCCCCUCGCCAGGCCACGCUCACCACCCUGAUGGACACAGGCCCCGGGCGACUGGGCCUCCUCCUGUGCCGUGUGAACAGUGACCCUCCAGCCCACCUACGACUGCUCCACGGGGACCACCUCAUGGCCUCCACCCUGCAAGGUGUGGGGGAGCUUGCAAGCAGCUCUCCCCGGCUGCAGGUGACUGUGGCCGCCAACACUCUACGCCUGGAGAUCCACGGUGCGGUGCUGGAGGACGAGGGCGUCUAUACCUGCCAGGCCAACAACACCUUGGGCCAGGCCUCAGCCUCUGCCUCCUUCGAUGCCCAGGCUGUGAGCGUGCAGGUGUGGCCCAGGGCCGUCGUGCAGGAGGGGCAGCUGGUGAACCUGACCUGCCUCGUGUGGACCACCCACCUGACCCAGCUCACCUACACAUGGUACCAGGACGGGCAGCAGCGCCCGGGCGCCCGUUCCGUCUUUCUGCCCAAUGUCACAGUCACGGAUGCUGCCUCCUACCGCUGUGGAGUGGUGACUCCUGGCCGGGCACCCCACCUCUCCAGACCUGUCACUCUGGAUGUCCUCUAUGCACCCCGCAGCCUGCGCCUGACCUACCUCCUAGAGAGCCGCGGCGGACGGCUGGCCCAGGUCCUGUGCACCGUGGACAGCCGCCCACCUGCCCAGCUGGCCCUCAGCCACGCUGGCCGCCUCCUGGCCUCCUCGACCGCAGCCUCUGUCCCCAACACCCUGCGCCUGGAGUUGUGGGAGCCCGGGCCCAGCGAUGAGGGUCUCUACAGCUGCUCCGCCCACAGUCCUCUGGGCCAGGCCAAUGCCUCCCUGGAGCUGUGGCUGGAGGGUGUGCAGGUGACCCUGGCUCCAUCCGCCGCUGUGCCUGAGGGGACCCCCGUCACAGUGACCUGUGAAGACCCUGCUGCCCGCCCACCCACUCUCUAUGCCUGGUACCACAACAGCCGUUGGCUGCAGGAAGGACCAGCCGCCGCCCUCUCGUUCCCGGCGGCCACACGGGCUCACGCCGGUGCCUACUCCUGCCAGGUUCAGGACGCCCAGGGCACCCGCAGCUCCCGGCCCGCCGCCCUGCAAGUCAACUAUGCCCCUCGGGAUGUUGUCCUGUCAACCUUUCGGGACUCCAGGGUCACCUCCUUGGCCGUGGUGCAGUGUACUGUGGACAGCGAGCCACCCGCUGAGCUGGCCCUGUCCCGCGAUGGCAAGGUGCUGGCCACCAGCCCUGGGGCCCAGGGCUUCGCAUCCGGGACAGGCCAUGUGCAGGCGGCCCGCAACGCCCUGCGGCUGCAGGUGCAGGAUGCACCCUCAGGUGACAAGGACACCUACGUGUGCACGGCCCACAACUUCCUGGGCUCAGUCAGCACCACAGGACAGCUGCAGGGAGAAGGUGUGCGUGUGGUGGCCGAGCCGGGGCUGGACGUGGCCGAGGGUGCAGCGCUGAACCUGAGCUGUCACCUCCCUGGUGGUCCCGGGCCCGUGGGCAACUCCACCUUCGCUUGGUUCCGGAAUGGCCAGCGACUGCACGUGGAGCCUGUGCCCACCCUUGUCUUUGCCCACGUGGCCCCCGCCCAAGCCGGGGUGUACCACUGCUGGGCCGAGCUCCCCAGUGGGGCCACAACCUCUGCUCCAGUCGCGCUCCGUGUGCUGUACCCUCCCAAGACGCCCACCAUGACGGUCUUCGUGGAGCCUGAAGGUGGCAGCCAGGGCAUCCUGGACUGCAGAGUGGACAGCGAGCCCCUAGCCAGUCUGAGCCUCCACCUCGGCGGCAGGCUGGUGGCCUCUAGCCAGCCCCGCGGGGCUCCUGCUGAGCCACACAUCCGGGUCACCGCCACCGCCAAUGCCCUGAGGGUGGACAUAGAGGCGCUGAGGCCCAGCGACCAGGGGGAAUACGUGUGCUCUGCCUCCAAUGCUCUGGGCUCCGCGUCCGCUUCUACCUACUUUGGAACCAGAGCCUUGCACCGCCUGAGUCUGUUCCAGAAGCUACUCUGGGUCCUGGGGCUGCUGGCGGGCCUCCUCUUCCUGUUGUUGGGCCUAGGGGCCUUCUACACCUGGAGGCGGCAUUUUUGUAAGCUGAGCAUGGGUGAGAAUUUGGUGGAGAUGACUUCUCAGAAGGAGACCAUGCAGGAGGAAGAGGUCACCAGAAACUGUGAUGACUUGGGCCUCGUGAACAAGGUGGCAUUGAGUCCCGACUGCCUCUGUGAGAACAACUCUACAACAUCGAACUUUCUAUGACCUGGCUCCAAAUCUCUUGCCAAGAAAAAUGGGCGUUGAGAAGUGGAGGUGAACCCUAAUCUACCCAGGAGGGUGCUGACCCUGGGGGAUUCUGAGGAGAAACGAGCUGGCCAUGUUGUCUACUUGUCUUGUCCUUUUCUCUGGAUCUGAUCUCUUGCUUUAUCUUCCAAUGGACUGCCCCUCACAUCUUUUUCCUCCAAGCCCGCCCUGGACUUUUUGGAAGCAUUAGAAGAGGAGCUUCCUGUAUCCUCACAGGCUGGCUAAAGUACUCUGUAGUAACUGGAAUAGAAGUUAGGGUGCGCUAACAAGAGACCAAAUAUAGUAACUUCAACAUGAGGGGAUUUUAUUUUCUUCUCCCAGACUAAUCUGGGUACCCUAUGGUAGUUUAAGGUGUCAGAAUUCUGGAUCCUUCUAUCUUAUUUUUCUCCAUCCCUGAAAUGUUACCUUUGAUUGUGAGGUUCAUGGUGGCCCCACUGUGUUCACAUUCCCUCCAGCAAGAAGAGGAAUUUGAAGGCACACCCAUUCCCAUAGUGGACAGAAGUUGCUGGUCAUUUCCACUCACUCCCCAUUGGCUAGAGUUGAGUCACAUGGUCACCCCAAGCUGCAAGGGAUUCUGGGAAAUAUAGUUUUUAUUCUAUUUCCAAAAGACUCCCAACCAUGGACUCAACCUCAAGACUUCUGACGUUGGUGAGAAUGCUGCCAACCAGGCCACGUUUUUAGAGUCCACCUACUGAAGGCCAGGACGUGUCCCUGGUCAUUCUGUUCGUGGGCUUCCCAGAGGAAGGAGUCCCUCUCACACAUGAAGACUAGGGAAAUCAAGAUGGUUUGGCAGUCCCGAGGGAGAGGGCAUGCCAGGCAAUGGGGUUGCCGGAGCAGGCAUUUUAGCAGGCCUCUGGAAGAAGAGGGGCCCCCAUUUCUACCCCCAGGGAGCUUGGAGAGCAUCCUUAUUUCUGCUCGAGGUACAUCCUUUUCCCUGAUCAAGUGGGCUCACUCCCUCUUCCUGGGGGCCUGUGUGCCAGGGGCUGUUAAGCAGAAUGGGGGUCACAGAGAAGGAAUGACUUCCUCCCGUGAGGUUAGUGCCUGAGGGGAGCCAGUUCUUUGGCAGGCUAGUGACGCCCCUCGCAGCCUGGUGGCGGAGGGUAGGCGGUGCCAAGAGCCCGCCUGAAUUUGGGAGGAGAAACCUGGAGAGUAGUGGGGAGCUCUCACAGGGGCUAAUAGGUUGGAAAGAAAUUGGAGGCUGGGGAAACUCCAUGUAACUGCGGCCAGAAGCUUCCUGGUCCCAGGUCCCAUUCCUUGUAGUGCCUGAUUGCCAGACUCUUCCUGGGAGCGUGUCUGACAUGUCCUUCCAAUAAACAUCCAUCUCUUGA